AUGAAGGUCGCCAUUAAGGAAUGGAAUGCCAUAGCCACCUGGCACUGGGACAUCCCUGAGGAUGAGGUCUGCGGUAUCUGUCGUGUUCAAUUCGAUGGCACUUGUCCGACCUGCAAAUUCCCCGGUGAUGACUGUGCCCUCGUGCAGGGGAAAUGCAACCACGCCUUUCAUAUGCACUGUCUUAUGACCUGGAUUGACCUGGAAACGUCCAAGGGCCUAUGCCCCAUGUGUCGGCAAAGUGCGCUCAUCCUCUCCUUGUUUCUUUGCCAGCUACUUCUUUUAUACUGA